CGGAAGUCCCACCCCUCCCGACGGGCUGCCGUUUUCUCCUGAAGUUCUGUCCGCGUGAGUGUGGUAGUGUAUAUACCUCGGUGCGAAAAUGGCGCAUUACAACUUCAAGAAGAUAAUGGUGGUUCCGUCCGCCAAGGACUUUAUUGAUCUGACAUUAUCAAAGACUCAACGGAAGACUCCAACAGUUAUUCAUAAACAUUACCAGAUUCAUCGCAUUAGGCAUUUUUACAUGAGGAAAGUCAAAUUUACCCAACAGAAUUACCAUGACAGACUCUCUCAGAUUUUGACAGAUUUCCCCAAACUGGAUGAUAUCCAUCCAUUUUAUGCUGAUUUGAUGAAUAUUCUAUAUGACAAGGAUCAUUACAAGUUGGCUCUAGGACAAAUAAAUAUUGCCAAAAACUUAGUGGACAAUGUUGCUAAAGAUUAUGUGCGACUUAUGAAAUACGGAGAUUCCCUGUACCGCUGCAAACAGCUGAAACGUGCUGCCCUCGGGCGAAUGUGUACUAUUAUCAAAAGACAGAAACAGAGCUUGGAGUACUUGGAACAAGUACGUCAGCAUUUAUCCCGUUUGCCAACCAUUGAUCCAAAUACCAGAACUCUGCUAUUGUGUGGGUACCCAAAUGUUGGAAAAUCCAGCUUCAUCAAUAAGGUGACAAGAGCUGAUGUGGAUGUUCAGCCCUAUGCCUUUACGACUAAGUCAUUGUUUGUCGGGCACAUGGAUUAUAAGUAUCUUCGUUGGCAGGUUGUGGAUACUCCAGGGAUUUUGGACCACCCUCUGGAGGAUCGGAACACCAUUGAGAUGCAGGCCAUCACAGCGCUGGCCCACCUUCGUGCUGCUGUUCUGUACGUGAUGGAUCUGUCUGAGCAGUGCGGCCAUGGAUUGAAGGAGCAGCUUGAACUCUUCCAAAACAUCAGGCCUCUGUUUCUCAAUAAGCCACUUAUUGUUGUAGCAAACAAAUGUGAUGUGAAGAAAAUAGCUGAACUUUCUGAAGAUGAUCAGAAAAUAUUUGUAGAUUUGCAGACCGAAGGAUUUCCUGUAAUAGAGACCAGCACCCUGACUGAGGAAGGUGUUACUCAGGUUAAAACAGAGGCUUGUGAUAGGCUUUUGGCUCAUCGAGUUGAAACCAAAAUGAAAGGAAAUAAAGUGAAUGAGGUGCUGAACAGAUUGCAUUUAGCUGUACCCAACAAAAGAGAUGAUAAGGAGAGGCCUCCUUUCAUCCCGGCAGGAGUAGUGGCACGUAAGAAGAGAAUGGAGAUUGAGGAGCCUAAGAAGAAAAGGGAACGAGAUAUUGAGCUGGAAAUGGGAGAUGAUUAUAUUUUGGAUCUUCAGAAGUACUGGGACUUAAUGAAUUCAUCCGAAAAAUAUGAUAAGAUACCAGAGAUCUGGGAAGGCCAUAAUGUAGCUGAUUACAUUGAUCCUGACAUCAUGAGGAAAUUACAAGAGCUAGAAAAAGAAGAAGAACUAAGAACAGCUGCUGGAGAGUAUGACAGUGACUCUGAAAGUGAAGAUGAGGAAGUAAUGGAAAUCCGACAGUUGGCCAAACAAAUCAGAGAAAAAAAGAAAUUGAAAAUUCUUCAAUCAAAAGAAAAGAAUACACAGGGACCCAGAAUGCCUCGAACUGCUAAGAAGGUUCAGCGAAAAGUUUUGGAGAAUGAGAUGCGAAAUCUUGGUGUUAACAUGGACAAUAAAGACAACGCCCACUAUGCAGUCCAGGCAAGAAGAUCGCGGAGUAUUACUAGGAAAAGAAAGCGGGAAGAUUCUGCUCCACCCUCUUCUUUGGCCCGGAGUCGCAGUUGCUCUCGAACACCACGUGAUGUUUCUGGUCUUCGGGAUGUCAAGAUGGUGAAAAAAGCCAAGACUAUGAUGAAGAAGGCUCAGAAGAAGAUGAAUCGCUUGGGGAAGAAAGGGGAGGCAGAUAGACACGUAUUUGAUAUGAAGCCCAAACACUUACUCUCUGGAAAGAGGAAAUCUGGUAAAAAGGACAGGAGAUAAGUGUCCUUUUUGAUUGAAACUGUUUGGCUGAACUAUGGGGUUUUUUUCUUUGUUGUGUUUUAUUGGUGUGUGUGUGUGCAUGUGCAUUAAAAUAUACAAAACAUGAAAGUUACCAUUUUAACCACUUUUUGAGUGUAUGAGUGAUGUUAAGCACGUACAUGCUUUUUUUGUUUGAUUUGGUUUGCUUUUGUAUUUCAUUAAGUUGGAGUAAAGAAUAUAAACUAAAAAUAACUAAAUCACUGCUUUGCUGAAAAUCAUGGUUAUCCUUUAGCUAUACAGAUGUGAGAAAUUUUUGUUAUACCACAAUAUUACAAAUAUUUUGAAUGCAUUUAAUGGAAUUUUGCUUGCUUCAGAGUCACAAUAUUGCAAAGGCCUAUUGAUGUAGCUGUGUUGUUUUUGAUGGAGAAAAACCUUAUUCUCUUCUGCAGAGGAAACCUCUGUUUCCCCCACACACAUUGUCCUUUUUUUACUGGAAAACAUCUCCACUUGUAGACUUGGGGAGAUGGCUACCAGGGUCCAUGCUCUGUAGACAUGGGAGGGAGUGGGUGGUAAUGAGUAUUUUGGAACCACAGAGCUUCAAAGGUGCUCUUAAAUUAUUUUCUGUUGCUUUUGUACAAUACAUCAUUGUAAAUCUGUCUUCACCUAAUUUAUCCCAAAUAAAUUUAUAUCAGGAAGUA